UGGGGACUGGUCAUGGACACCUCUGCUGUCAUUCUGCUUGUCCUUCUCCUGGGGACACUGAACACAGUCCAGUGUCAGUAUGAAGAGACAAAAUCAGCAGAUUUUGAAGGGAGUAGCCCAAUUGACAAUAUUCCUGAAGAGGAGAAGUACACUGUGUCUGCUCUAAUUGAAAGGGCCAACAAGAAUGCAGGGCAGGAGUUGGAUGAUCCAGAUAUCAUAGAGGGGGAUAUUGCAGUGGACACAGGAUUCCAGAAUGCUGCCCCCUGUACAUCCCGCCGUUUCUUCAGCUGCAAAUGGCCUCGCUCCAGGGACGGCCUCGUCUAUGUGCCGUACGUCAUCUCCAGCCAGUACUCCUCUCGUGAGAAGGCCACUAUUGUCAAGGCCAUGAACUCUUUUGCCAAUGCCACCUGUGUCCGCUUCCGACCACGCAAAAGAAGAAUCUUCUUUAAGGAUAGACACUACUUGAACAUCGAGUCAAACACAGGGUGCUGGUCCUACGUGGGGCGUAGACGUGGGCGGCAGGUCGUGUCCCUGGCGCGACGAGGGUGUGUGUACCACCAGGUGAUCCAGCAUGAGCUCCUGCACGCCCUGGGCUUCCACCAUGAACAGGCACGCAGUGACCGUGACAUGCAUAUCCGUAUUCUCUACGAAAACAUCAUACGAGGAAAAGAGAGCAACUUUGAAAAGAUUAAGACCAAUAACCUGGGCACCCCCUAUGACUACGGUUCAGUCAUGCAUUACUCAAGGUAUGCCUUCUCCCGCAAUGGGCAGCCCACUAUGGUCCCCAUCCCCAAUGCCAAUGUGGCGAUUGGGAGGGCCACUCAGAUGAGCAGCUGGGAUAUUGCCCGAAUCAACCGCCUCUAUAAAUGUAGUCAACGGUCUUACUCUGAAUAGGGCUCUGAAUAUCGCUCCAGGCCUUAGCCCAAAAGAAGGAGAGGCUUUUCCAGCUCAAUAAGCCCAUUUCCAGGUGUCCGGCCUCACUGAUGUUAAUGGCACCUUAAUUGGCAGGGUAAAAUGUCUUCCUGUUUCUGUCUCCUCUGUACUGUGCUGUUCCAGAGGAAGUUGGUUUACCCAGUGGCGAUAUCUUGUGAAAUGGGCUAAUUGCAAAAAUAAAUGCUGUUUGAAUAAAU